GAUCGAAAUGGCCAGUCGAACACGACAUUGUCACGAUUGUGACGGACAAUUAACAUUACGCAACUCAAAACAGUCGGACUAAAAACCAUUGCACGGUCUCAUAAUAUUGCAAAUAGCGGUAAAUGGCAAAUUUGAAAAGGAAGUUCUGCUAUUUUGGACAUUACACACUGCGACGACAAGUAACUCCAGUAAACAUUGGCCACGGUAAAGCCAUUGCAUGAACAGAAUUGCAAAAUUCCUGGCAAGGGACUCCAGUUAUAGAUUUGGACACGACAGGGGCUGAUAGAUGUUUCUCACAAGGCGAACUGUAGUAUAGGAUUAAGGGAAUUCGAAGUCUUCAAGGAUAACUGAAGAUCGAGUUGUGAUAGUUCUGUUUCUGAACGCGACUGGCUUGCUAUGAGAUCGUUCGUGGCGGGAAUGUUUCAUUCCUUCGCGAUGACUGACGCAGUUGCAAGCGCACUGCGCGCGGAGAUUAUCAUACAAAAGACCGCUGGUUUGCCCGAUCGGAUCGUGGCUUUAAACACUAACACGAGAGGGCGAACGCCAGUUUAAUUUAGUGGAGUGUAGGCCGCGGAGUGUGUACACACUGGAGCACUUUAUACAACAUUGAUGUCACAGAGAAAUGAUUUUAUAUCAUGGAAUAUAACUCAUAUUGUCAAUUUAAUAAUCGCCCCUGCUUACACGAGGAUGUGAAUCGUUUAUUUCGAGACAAAGACAAAGCGCGGUCCCCCGUGAGUGGCCCAGUGGAGUUUUAUCAUUGUGUGAAACUUUUACCGAUAAUUUAAAAUCGAUAAAUGUACCACUCCGGCAAGCCGGUUACCGGACAACAUUUAUGAUAUAAAUAUAUCAGAUUCUAGUGGGAAUUGUAGGCGUGUGAUUUUAAGGCCUAUAUAGGCCAGUUACUGAUAUUUUGUGGAGAUUGUUAUCACGGCGGUUGGAUACCGCGGUUCAUUAUGGAUGGAUUGAUGAGAUUCGUAGUCAUAUUCCUCGUUUUUGUCAACUUUUCUGGUGCUUUUGUCGUAAAAAAGAGAACCGAUCCGUCUUCCUCCGAAGAUUUGUUUUUGGAAAGAGUUAUAUAUCCAGAGGAAAAUAUAGGUGUCACCGAUAUUGAUAUAAUCGAAGGCGAUAUAAAAUAUUCCAGGAGAAGAAAUGCAGUUAAAGACCAUAAUAGUUUAUGGACAACACGAAUCAUUCCAUUUGAGAUUAACCCCAAUACAUUUACUCCCUCGGAUGUGACACAAAUCCAAAAUGCCAUUAGAGAGAUAGAGACCCGAACGUGCGUGAGGUUCAAGUUACGCCACAAUGAACCGGAUUACAUCAUCUUUCAAAUACGGGACAGCUGUACCAGUGACAUAGGACGAAUGGGAGGGCCGCAGACGAUAGACCUGCAUUUCAGCUGCAUGAUGAAAGGAUACAUCAUCCACGAGAUAAUGCACGCCAUGGGAUUCUGGCACGAGCACGCGCGGCCCGAUAGGGACGACUACGUGGAAGUCAUGUGGGGAAACAUCCUCGAUGGGUUGGAAUACAACUUCGAGAAGAAAGACCCCAGCGAAGUGAUUUUCCCCGGUGCCUAUGACUACGGCUCCAUCAUGCAUUACAAGACAAACAACUUCGCCAAAGAUCGAUCGCAGCCCACGCUGAAACCCCUGCAGUCUACGAACGCCUGGAUAGGACAGCGGAUCGGCCUCAGCCCCCUCGACGCCUGGAAAAUAAAUACGGUCUAUAAAUGUAAUAACACAGCUUGCCCCCACCCUGGUACCCCAGCCCACGGUAUUCUGCUCGCCACUGACUUGUCUAUAGGACAAAAUGUCUCCUACCACUGCAAACCCGGUUACACGUUAAUAGGGGGCGCUAUGAGAUUCUGUCAAGAUAUAGAGAAGUGGACAGGGAGCCUCCCAGAAUGUAUAGGUGGGGUUCUGCAUUACUGUAACUUUGACCAUCCAGACUUGUGCGGGUGGACACAGAGUAAGAAUGACAUGUUGGACUGGACAUGGAACAGUGGUGGCACAAAAACAAAGGACACUGGACCUGUAUCUGAUCAUACCUUUUCACAUGGAUCGGUUGGACACUACCUCUACCUGGAAACCUCAAGUCCAUUCGUGACCGGUGACAGUGCUCGCGUGAUGUCCCCUUCGAUUUUGGCACCAAAUGUACCAAUUUGUCUACGGUAUUUCUACAGCAUGUUUGGCAAGGGAAUGGGGACGAUGAACAUAUACUACCUGCAGAAAAACACUAUUCAGAUGAUAAAGACGAUAUCUGGCAAUCAUGGAGAAGGGUGGAAGGAAGAUAAGAUCUUACUCAACGUCAGGCCAAAAUCCGAGUUCCAGAUAAUCUUCGAAGGUGUCAAGGGUGCCAAUUGGACGAGUGACAUGGCUAUAGACGAUAUCAUAGUCGGAGAUUGCUCUUUGAUAUCACUGCCAUCGGCAUAUGAUUCAACACAAAGUAACGGACCAGGUACUAGGUACAUUGGAACAUGCAACUUCAACGAGGGUUCUUGCGGGUUUAGACAAGACACGACAGACAACUUUGACUGGGAAUUGCGCACGGGAGGGACUACCACCGACAGCGCCAUAUGUGACCGUGAUGACUGCCAAAAUGGAAAAUAUUUGCACAUCGAUACCUCAAAGCAUCAUGCAGCGACAGUGGCUCGAAUUAUCUCGCCUAUGUAUAGGACUCAAAAUGCCGGUACAAAAUGUAUUUCGUUUUACUACCUGAUCCAAGGCAGUGAUUUAGGAGGUCUAGCGUUGUACGUGAUAGAGGGAACUGGGAAUCCGUAUGAGGUGUGGAGCCAGGUGGCUGACUCUACGAAAAACUGGGCACUUGCCAUGGUCGAGGUCAGGCCCUCUGUAAAAUUCAUGAUUAUGUUCGAAGGGGAAAUACGAAAAGGUUACAUCGGCGAUCUAGCCAUUGAUGAUAUCAAGAUUCUCGAUGGCCCAUGCCCAUAUAAGGCGACAGUGAUGCCAAUCCCGAAGCCAGGCAUUGACGAGAUGGACUGUAACUUCGAUACGAAUGGUUGCGGUUGGACAUAUCCCCUUGGCUCCCAAAAUGCAUGGAUUAGGAACAGUGGGAAUACGGCCACCCCGAAAACUGGACCACCUUAUGAUCACACUACAGGAAACGGCCACUACAUUUACAUAGAAUCUUCAUUCAAAACACCGGGGACAGCAUACACCCUGGUCUCGCCAACCGUACCUACAAACACAGAAGGAUACUGUUUCAGUCUUUGGUACAACAUGGAGGGGACGGAUGUAGGAACAUUGAGAAUAAUCAUCAAAAUAUCUGGCAUGGAUGACGCGGUUAUCUGGGAGAAAGUGGGAGAGCAGGGUAAGGGGUGGAAACAAGGCAGUGUGUUCAUACCAGGGGUUAAGUACGAUUACAAGCUUGCCAUAAUUGGGUUGGUUGGGAGCGGAAAACUCGGCGACAUUGCUGUCGAUGACGUCACCAUACAUCCGGGUCCAUGUCCAGUGCAGUCGACAUCGACAUCGUCUACGUCAACGAAUAGGAACUUGAAAAACGAUAUCGCGACGAGUUUAAAAAAAAGAACCGGCAGACGAAGAGGAAAAAAUAAAAAGAGCAAAAGAUGGCGAUCAAGAAGAAGGAGUUCUAGUUAUAACUUAAGACUCCAAAAUUAUCUAAGAACGUAUUGGUGAGAUACGACUCGCAGCUGGAGAAUCCGGGACUGGUCAUUUUAGUGCACUGACAUGGUACUUCUGAACAUUUGCCGUAUUAUUUCUGUGAUAUACCGGCGGACUUUGCCAGGUUGUGAUUCGUCUAUCCUGUAUUCAUUCGCACGAGAAAUGAUCACCCUCCGAUCCGGACUCUUCGACUUGGUUUUUUUCGUUCGUUUCGUUUUGCAUUUUGGACUUGCCGGCAGCUAGUCUGAACACGAUGAUACAAAGAGUCGGGAUUGAUGUAUUUGCACUUAUGGCGUUACUGCUUUUUGUUGACAUGGUGCCUGGAAGGCUGGUCGUGUUGGUUUCUGUGGUCGUCAUCACUUUUCGUUGAUGACGAAUGCAGAUUUGCUCGGAUCGUCAUCAGUUUUUGUUAAUCUCGAGGACAGAAUAGUACGGUUUUAUGAAGAUUGGGAAGGGUGAUAUUUUGGCGGUAAGCUCGAAAAAUGCACCGGAAUGCCAAGGACAUAGUAUGGGGUUCUUUCCUAUCAAUAAUAGGAUUCUUUCCUGUCAAUCAGUAAAGAAAUGUUAUAUCAAGUAUGGGGAUUUGUAUAGUACUGUACUGGAGAGGUAUCAAGAUGAAAAGCAGGAGCGGAUAUUUGGUCCGAGGGCUGACAACCAUCGAUGAAGGUCUAGUUCUUCUUGAGGAUGACGAAGUAAUAUGUAGUCUCAACUCAAUCUUGAAUGCAAGGAGGUUGUCUUAGUAAGGGAUAAGGGUUAUUGAUAUUGGUAUAUGUCAUCACGAAUACAUGACUGGGAUUCAGGGUCACGCACGUUUUCCUGAAGAAAACGCUAGCUGAUUUCAGAAUGGUGCAGUCCGCUAUUUCAAUUUAGUUGUGUAUGAAGCUACCUAAAUCUGCCUUAAGACAUUGGUAGUGUGAUAUAUAAGAUUUAACACAAAACAAACCCAUUAUUGGACAUUUCGUCAGCCAUGUUGGACAAUUCUACCUCUUCAAGAAACGAUUUAGUCAUUAAUACUUUGUUUUGCGUCAUAAGUUCUAACCGACCCUGAUAAUAGAAGGGAAAUAUGACGGCCAACGAUAUAGAGCCAUAUAUAAUGGAAUAACAAAUAAAACAAGACUGACUGAUCUGAGGAAAAGAUCAUUUACUUUGCUGUACAAUGUGCUUGGAUAAGACAUGACGUAUGUUGCGUGAGUUACAGAAAGUGGUGCAUUUGAAAAUAUCGUGUAUCGCCUCUGGCUGUUGUUUGCAACUCCAACUUUGUUCACUAGAAUUUUUAAGUCUUAGGGCUACACGGUAUUUUUCAAAUACAUGUACGCACAACUUCUAGUAGUGGGAUGUAACUGACGCACAUAAUGUAGGUAUCACAUAACCGCGCGAGCUCAGACAAUCCUGGUUACGAAGAUGGCCAACGUACAUCCGAAAUACAUAUCGUCUAGAAACUGGAUGUAUUACAUUGUAUGUACAAAUGACAGCUUGCAACAUAUCGGCCAUUUCUGCAAGCUCCAAAGUCACGGCUCGUACCACUUAUUGGCGUGUUUGUCAUAUACACGUAUAUACAUGUAUCGGCCCGGAUGUGUUCCAUCUAUACCUGAUCAUAUCUUUGUGUACAUAUGUGAGUAAAUGUGACUGACAACCAGUAAAACCUGUAACCUGAUGCCAAAAUAGCAUACCCAAGAUGAGACUAGAUUUUCUACGAACAACAGGGACAGUCAAGGAUUCAACCGGUGUAUUCUUCAAUGUGGACGCUAACUCGACACGCCCUCGUGGAUAUCGGGAAAGACUGCACUCUCGCUGGAGGCGCAUUCUUUAUAUCCGAUCAUAAUCGCUUCCAGCCCCCCUCCCCUCCACACACACACAAUCCUUGGGCAGACCGCUGAAUCAAAUUCAAGCGCCUUUAAAAACAGGACCUUUACACGCACACAAAUACAACGUGACUUUUGCAGAAGCAUUGCUUAUCUUAGUCCACCGCACGCUUGUACACUGACCUAAAGGACAAGUUGGUCCCCACCGUCGAGUUGAAGGAGGAAAGAUAAAUGUAGGAUGAUAUUGUUUUUAAAAAAAUGACUCUCCUUUAAAAACAAGGGGAGCAACUUUGAUACUAAACAGAGGCACAACUAAAUUAUCGAGAGUUAAGAAAGACUCAGAAUUUGAAACACCGGAAAUCCUGCUAAUUAUUUUGCUCUAAACUGGUGGCUCACAUUUUCCUAUUUCGGAAGUUAAAAAUCAACUGUUGGGUUAAGAGAUUAUCACCGAGACGAACAGCCUCUGAAUUCCUAUGAAAUAUUAAAGGAAAGGCGUUUUGAAUUGAGCUCCCUAGUGUCAGAAUUUGGUACUAAAUGGUAUAGUAUUGCUUCUACACACUUAGUCUUUAUAAAUUCUUGCUAUGUGUGUGCAUAAUGUACACACAUCAUAGUUUUGAUUCUGCACGGUUGCUGGCUCACCUGGAAUCUCAAGGCAGGCACAUUUUCUCAUAGCUGGUGUCCUUUAAUGCAAUUAACUUUCCCUCACUUUGACGCCAAAAUGUUGAAGAUAGAAGUGGCAUUGACAGAAUAACUCCUCCCAACACUCUAAUGAAUUAAGGGUUUUUGAGGUUUAUCGGCGAACACAAAGUUACAAUCCACGUAGUAUUUUUUGUAAAAUCAAAACCACCUAAAGAGUCUCAAAAAUAAGAGUUUAUAUCGCACUUGCUGAAAAACCUCUUCGGGGUGCGUUAUUUGUCUUGGCUGACAACUCUUUUCUUUCAAAAGCUUCAAAACCUUUAUUUCUUAAGAGUGAAUAUUGCAAUCUUAUACAUAUCACUACUUAUCAUCUUGGGACGGGUUAUUUAUUUUAUUUAUUGUUUGUUAACAUUGUAUAUUUAUUCAUCUGCUGGUUGUAAAUAUUCUUCUAUGAAUAGAAUAAAUAUAACCAUUAACG